AUGCAGGAGAGCCUGAAGAAAGAGAGUAUUAUUUCUAUAGAAGAUGAUGGAGAUGGGCAUGAGCUUGUUGGGGGAGAAAUAGAUGAGAAAUGCAUAUGUAAGCUUCUGAAGGAAAUGAAGGAAACACUCGAGGUACAGAAGAAAACACAUGAAAUGCCUGAGGAUCUGGAUGAGUUUUACAGGCUGUUUGAGAGGUAUCUUGAGACGAAGAACGAAAAGAUUGUAUGGGAGAACAUUAAGUCACCUAACGACAGGAUUAUAAGAUAUGAAUCAUUGCCUGAACCAACCAACAGGUCGCGAGAGCUGCUGAAAAAACUCGCAGUUCUCAAACUGAAUGGAGGACUUGGAACCACAAUGGGCUGUGUAGGACCAAAAAGUGCAAUAACAGUCAAGGAUGGGAAGAACUUUAUCGAUCUUGUUGUAAAGCAGAUAAAGUACCUGAACUCCAAAUACAAAACAGACGUUCCACUAAUUCUGAUGAACUCAUUUAACACAACAAAGAUGACAGAGAAGAUUAUAUUCAGGUACGAUGGAAUCAAAACAUUCUCUCAGAGCAAGUUUCCAAGGAUACUGUCAGAAACCCUUCUUCCUGUUCCUCAGGAAUAUGGUGAUCGAGGGAUGUAUCCACCAGGCCAUGGAGACUUAUUUUACUCAUUGAGCAAGAGUGGCAUGCUAGAUGAGCUGCUUAAAGAGGGAUACGAGUAUCUUUUUGUAUCUAACAUUGACAACCUGGCAUCCACUGUUGAUUUGAAGCUACUCGAGUAUUUUGCUAGCAAUAACCUUGGAUUCUUGAUGGAGGUGACUGACAAAACACGAGCAGACGUGAAAGGUGGGACAUUAAUAGAAUACAACGGAGCACUCAGACUACUUGAGAUUGCACAAGUGCCAUCCAGUAAGAAGUCUGAAUUCACCAGUGUUCGUAAAUUCAAGAUUUUCAACACAAACUCUGUAUGGAUCAACUUGAAGGAUGUGAAGAAGCGAUUGGAAGAGGGCUCGCUUGAUCUCGACAUCAUUGAAAACAAGAAGAGCAUGGAUGACGAGACAGUGAUUCAGCUUGAGACUGCAAUAGGAUCCGCAAUCAAGUACUUCCCAAACUCAUGCGGUGUGGUUGUCCCUCGCUCAAGGUUCUUGCCUGUCAAGACAUGUUCAGAUCUGUUCCUUGUAGAAAGCAAUUUAUUUAUCGAAAAGAAUGGAUCGAUCAAACUGAAUCCAUCGCGUGCACUAGAAGCAUGCCCAACAGUAAAGCUGCUCGGAAAGAAUUUCUCAAAAAUUGAGGACUAUGAAAAGUGCUUCAAGGGAAUACCAGAUAUUCUUGAGCUCGAUGUGUUGACAGUCAGUGGAAAUGUCCUUUUCGGAAAGAACGUUGUUCUCAAAGGAACCGUUAUAAUCUUAGCUGAUGAUAAAAGCAAGAUAUGUAUUCCCGACGGAUCCGUUCUAGAUGACAACAUUGUAUAUGGAAACCUUCCAAUCAUCGAUCAUUAA